AUGGCAGGCGGACCCACUCUCAAGCUCAACUCCGGACACGAGAUCCCCCAGAUUGGUCUCGGAACCUGGCUCUCUAAGCCCAACGAGGUCGCCAAGGCCGUUGAGUCCGCUCUCAAGGACGGCUACCGACACAUUGAUGGAGCCACCAUCUACCAGAAUGAGAACGAAGUCGGUGCUGGCUGGAAGGCCUCUGGAGUUCCCCGAGAGGAGAUCUUCCUGACCACCAAAAACUGGAACAACGCCCGAACCAAGGAGGGCGUCAAGAAGCAGCUCGACCAGUCCCUCAAGGAGCUGCAGACCGACUACGUUGAUCUGCUGCUCAUCCACUGGCCCGUUGUUUUCAAGACCGGCGAGGAGCUCUUCCCCCACAACGCCGACGGCACUGUCGCCCUUGGCGAGGUCCCUGUCGAGGAGACUUGGGAGGCCUUCGAGGAGCUCGUGAAGGAGGGCAAGGUCAAGUCCAUCGGUGUCUCCAACUUCACCGAGGAGCGAAUUGAGAAGCUCCUCAAGACCGCCAAGAUCCCCCCUGCCGUCAACCAGAUUGAGUACCACCCCUACCUGCAGCAGCCCGGUCUGGCCAAGUACCUUGCGAGCAAGAACAUUGUCCUCGAGGCCUACUCUCCUCUCGGUAACAACACUUACGGGUUCCCCCGAGCUAUUGAUGACGAGCGAGUGAUCGAUCUGGCCAAGAAGAAGGGCAAGGAUGCUGCUGCCCUCAUUGUCAACUGGAUCAGAUCCAAGAACCAUGUUGUUCUGCCUAAGUCCGUCACCCCUUCUCGAAUCAAGUCCAACUUCGAGGUCUUCGAUCUGUCUCCCGAGGAGAUUAAGUUCCUGGACAGCCUUGACGAGGAGUCUCGACGAAACGACCCCAUCGAGUGGGGUGUCGACAUUUUCGGCACCGCCACCCCCGAGGAGAUCAAGAAGCGAGUGGACGAGGCUGCCAAGAAGUACCUUGCUGAGCAGAAGAAGUAA